AUGGCUCCCGUCCCCGUCCAGGUCGCCGACUCGGCCGUUUCGAGCCCCUUCCCCCAGAGCCCCAAGACCACCGGCCCCCCCGUCGACCAGACCAACUUUCUGAGCGACCGCGCGCGUACCACCGAAAUCGACGGCAUUCGUGGUCUCCUCCCUCUCGAGACCCCCGAUGUCGUCUCCUUCCUCGCCGGCAAGCCCAACCCGGCCACCUUCCCCUUUGGCUCCAUUACCCUCAACCUCAAGCCGUCCAUCUCUGGCCGCCCUGCCGAGUCUAUCACUCUGGACGGCGCGGACCUCGACCACGCGCUGCAGUAUGGCCCCUCGGCUGGUCUGACCAGCCUCCGCAACUGGCUCACCGCGCUGCAGGAGCGUGUCCACAAGCGCACGCCUGGAAACUGGACCGUGUCCCUGGGUUCUGGUUCGCAGGACCUCAUGACCAAGUGCUUCUCGGCCGUCCUCAACCCCGGAGACCCGAUCCUCGUCGAGACCCCCGUGUACUCGGGUGUUCUCCCGGCUCUGCGCCUUCUGAAUGCGGACAUGAUUGAGGUCGAUGUCGACGACCAGGGUCUGUCUGCCACCCGCCUCGCUGAGAUUCUCGACAGCUGGCCCGCCGACAAGAAGAAGCCCCGUGUCAUCUACUCGACCCCCGUCGGCUGCAACCCUUCGGGCUGCUCGGCUAGCCCUCAGCGCAAGCUCGAUGUGCUCCAGGUCAUGCAGAAGCACAACCUCCUCAUGAUGGAGGACGACCCUUACUGUGAGCUUGAUGACGGAAAUCAUAGCUAA